AUGUGGCGCAUCCCAACGGACACCCCUCAAACUUCCACUCCCAACGGACGCACCAAGCUCCAGGAAGUCACCCCGGAAACCCCCUUGGACGAAAUCUUCCAAAAGUGGGCAGAAGAUGGAGCCCUUGUCAUCAAGGGCCUCCUCACUCCUGGUCAAGUAGCCGAAUUCACGUCUGAAAUCGAACCAGUCAUUGAAAAAACUCGGCGUGGCGCUCUGCUGGACCACCCGCUGCUUCAAGCCUUUCACGGCCGCCGAACGAAGCGCGCUGCCGGUCUCGCCAACCACAGCAAGGUAUUUCGCGAGAACCUCCUCGAGAACGACCUAAUUCAUGCCAUCUGCCACCGCAACUACACCACGGGAGGCAACGCCGGCGAUUACUGGCUGUCCACGGGGUCAACUCUGUUUGCCGGCGGCCCGCAGGAUCCGCAGGAGCUGCAUCGAGACUUGAACAACUACCCUCCUGCCGUCUUGCUUGGCCCAGACUUUGACGAUGUCCAGAUGAACUUUCUGAUUGCCCUCAGCCCGUUCAGGGAGGACAAUGGCGCCACCCGGGUCAUCCCAGGGAGUCAGAAGUGGCCCUUUGACCAGCGCGGCAACCAGGAAAUGACGAUCCCGGCCAUCAUGGACCCGGGCGACUGCCUCCUCUUGGGUGGCAAGGUCGUGCACGGCAUGGGUGCGAAUACAACCACAGAGGAGAGAAAGGCAUUGCAGCUGUCUAUUUGUGCGGGCUAUCUGACGCCAUCCGAGGCGCAUCCGAGCAUUGUCACCCUAGAGACUGCCAAGAAGCUGUCUCCGAGGGCGCAGCGAUUUUUGGGUUUCCGGUCCCAGUACCCCAGGGGGUCACCUGGGUUGUGGACCAAGGAUUACACCGAGCUGGCUUUGCAUUUGGAACUGGAUGAUCUGGAUGGCCUGAUGGAGUAUCUUGGUGACCUUGCGAAAAGUCAUCCAGUUGAAGACCCGGUUGGCAAAUUGUUUUAG